CGGGCGGGGAGGAGCGGGUCCACGCGGCGAGCGAAGCGGAGGCAAGGCGGAGGCAGAGCGAGCGCGGGAGGUCGCCGCAGCCUGGGGACACCGCGCGCCGCUGCCCAACAUGGUCGCUGCGCACGCUGCCCAUUCUUCCUCCUCCGCCGAGUGGAUCGCCUGCCUGGAUAAAAGACCGUUGGAACGAUCCAGUGAAGAUGUGGAUAUAAUCUUCACCAGGCUGAAAGAAGUUAAAGCUUUUGAGAAAUUUCACCCAAAUCUCCUUCAUCAGAUUUGUUUAUGUGGUUAUUAUGAGAACCUGGAAAAAGGAAUAACAUUAUUUCGCCAGGGUGAUAUCGGAACCAACUGGUAUGCUGUCCUGGCAGGGUCUUUGGAUGUUAAAGUUUCUGAGACCAGCAGUCACCAGGAUGCAGUGACCAUCUGUACUCUGGGAAUUGGGACAGCCUUUGGAGAGUCCAUUCUGGACAACACACCCCGCCAUGCGACCAUCGUUACCAGGGAGAGCAGUGAGCUGCUUCGCAUCGAGCAGAAGGACUUCAAGGCACUAUGGGAGAAAUAUCGACAGUACAUGGCAGGACUUCUGGCUCCUCCUUAUGGCGUUAUGGAAACGGGCUCUAACAAUGACAGGCUUCCUGACAAGGAGAACGUUCCUUCAGAGAAGAUCCUCAGGGCUGGAAAAAUUCUACGAAAUGCCAUUCUCUCUCGAGCACCUCACAUGAUAAGAGAUAGAAAAUACCACCUAAAGACAUACAGACAAUGCUGCGUGGGGACCGAGCUGGUGGACUGGAUGCUGCAGCAGACUCCGUGUGUUCACUCUCGAACUCAAGCUGUCGGCAUGUGGCAGGUCCUAGUAGAAGACGGAGUUCUCAACCACGUGGACCAGGAGCAUCACUUCCAAGAUAAAUAUUUAUUUUAUCGAUUUCUGGAUGACGAGCAUGAGGAUGCCCCUUUGCCCACGGAGGAGGAGAAGAAAGAGUGUGACGAGGAGCUGCAGGACACCCUGCUGCUGCUGUCGCAGAUGGGCCCCGAUGCCCACAUGAGGAUGAUCCUCCGCAAACCACCUGGCCAGAGGACUGUGGAUGACCUAGAAAUUAUCUAUGAAGAACUCCUUCACAUUAAAGCCUUAUCCCAUCUUUCAACCACCGUGAAACGGGAGUUAGCAGGUGUUCUCAUUUUUGAGUCUCAUGCCAAAGGAGGCACUGUGUUGUUUAACCAGGGGGAAGAAGGAACCUCCUGGUACAUUAUUCUAAAAGGAUCAGUGAAUGUAGUCAUUUAUGGCAAGGGUGUGGUCUGUACCCUGCACGAGGGCGAUGACUUUGGCAAGUUAGCCCUGGUGAACGAUGCCCCAAGAGCUGCCUAUGUCUUGCGAGAAGAUAACUGCCAUUUCCUAAGAGUAGACAAGGAGGAUUUCAACCGGAUCCUGAGGGACGUGGAGGCGAAUACAGUCAGACUUAAAGAACACGACCAAGACGUCUUGGUGCUGGAGAAGGUCCCAGCAGGGAACAGGGCUUCUAAUCAAGGAAACUCACAGCCUCAGCAAAAGUAUACUGUGAUGUCAGGAACACCUGAAAAAAUUUUAGAGCAUUUUCUAGAAACGAUACGCCUUGAGCCAGCUUUAAAUGAAGCAACAGAGUCUGUCUUAAACGACUUUGUUAUGAUGCACUGUGUUUUUAUGCCAAAUACCCAGCUCUGCCCAGCUCUGAUGGCCCAUUACCACGCACAGCCUUCACAAGGUACAGAACAAGAGAAAAUGGAUUACGCCCUCAACAAUAAGAGGCGAGUCAUCCGCCUGGUCUUGCAGUGGGCUGCCAUGUAUGGAGAUGUCCUACAAGAGGAUGAUGUGGCCAUGGCUUUCCUGGAGGAGUUUUAUGUGUCUGUAUCAGAUGACGCCCGGAUGAUUGCUGCCCUCAAGGAGCAACUGCCCGAGUUGGAGAAGACUGUCAAGCAAAUUUCAGAAGAUGCAAAGGCUCCACAAAAGAAGCACAAAGUUCUUUUGCAACAGUUCAACACAGGUGAUGAAAGAUCCCAGAAGCGCCAGCCCAUCCGCGGCUCUGAUGAAGUGCUGUUUAAAGUCUAUUGCAUGGACCACACCUACACAACCAUCCGGGUGCCCGUGGCCGCCUCGGUGAAGGAAGUCCUCAGCGCAGUUGCCGACAAACUCGGCUCUGGGGAAGGCCUGAUCAUCGUCAAGAUGAGUUCUGGAGGAGAAAAGGUGGUGCUCAAACCUAAUGAUGUUUCAGUAUUUACGACGCUCACCAUUAAUGGACGCCUGUUUGCUUGCCCGCGAGAGCAAUUCGAUUCACUGACUCCCUUGCCAGAACAGGAGGGCCCAACUGUUGGAACAGUGGGAACUUUUGAACUGAUGAGCUCCAAAGAUCUGGCAUACCAGAUGACAAUUUAUGAUUGGGAACUCUUCAACUGUGUGCACGAGCUGGAACUAAUCUAUCACACAUUUGGAAGGCAUCAUUUUAAAAAGACCACAGCGAACUUGGAUUUGUUCCUGAGGAGGUUUAAUGAAAUUCAGUUUUGGGUUGUCACUGAGAUUUGCCUUUGUUCCCAGCCCAGCAAGCGUGUUCAGCUCUUAAAAAAAUUCAUUAAGAUAGCGGCCCACUGUAAGGAGUACAAAAAUCUGAAUUCCUUUUUUGCCAUCGUCAUGGGACUAAGUAAUGUUGCUGUGAGCCGCUUGGCACUAACGUGGGAGAAACUGCCAAGCAAGUUCAAGAAGUUCUAUGCGGAGUUUGAAAGUUUAAUGGAUCCUUCAAGAAACCACAGGGCCUACAGGCUGACAGUAGCCAAGCUGGACCCUCCUCUCAUCCCCUUCAUGCCUUUGCUCAUUAAAGAUAUGACAUUUACUCAUGAGGGGAACAAGACGUUCAUUGACAGUCUAGUAAACUUUGAAAAAAUGCGCAUGAUUGCAAAUACUGCCAGAACGGUGAGAUACUGCAGGAGCCAGCCUUUCAAUCCUGAUGCAGCUCAAGCUAACAAGAACCAUCAGGAUGUCCGGAGUUAUGUACGGCAAUUAAAUGUGAUUGACAACCAGAGAACUUUAUCACAGAUGUCACACAGAUUAGAGCCUCGUCGACCAUAGAUAUUUAAAGUGCCCAGAACAACAGUUUGCCUCCAGUCCACAAUCUUUCAAAAAUGCCAUUUAUGCUACCACUGACUGUAUUGUCCCUAGAGAAUUCUGUAAAACAAGCAAAAAUCCAUCCUGAGACAUCUCAGGGCUACAUUCAGCUUACCAGCACCAUGAAAAGAGAAGAAAUUUCUUUGACUUGCAUACAGCUUGCACACUGUAGCUUAGAAAUCCCCAGUUUGUAGUCACCCCAGUUUAUUUCCAAUUGUGCCAUCUUUUUAGCUAAGACAUAAGACCAACAUGAAGAGUUUGGUAGAAUUAUCAUUGUCAAGAGACGUAUCAAGCUCCUGACAUUUUUUUCUAGGAAUGUUUACAGGAUGAGAUGUGCUAUAAAUGGUAUUUAUGUGGCUACAUCAGUGGUGGUGUAGUUUCCUAAUUUUUAACUCAAUAUCUUGAUUUGAGCAUGGGUUUUUUGGAAGGUGUUGAGAAAUCCAUGUAAAUCCAAAUUAGAGGCUAUAUUCUUCCAUCUUCAUAGUCUUACCUUUGAAGGAAUUGUACCUGACCACAUUGCUAUAAAACAUUAUGGCUAUUUAUGUAACUUAGGGAGGACUGGUCUGUAAUUUCUGAAUGACAUAUAGAAAAACAUUUAUGUUUACAAUUUAACUUUUUAAAACUUACACAUCAGGAUUACAUACAGAGGAAUUCCACUUCAAGGUUCUUAAAAUUGCCAGCAUUAAGAUUUAAAAAAUGACAUUUCAAAAGAGCACAACAUGCACAAAACAUUUUUCAAAAUUAAAGUAUUUUCCUGGGCAUUAAAAAACCUUUACUAUUGGCUAAUUAUUGUUACUGAUUUAAAAAAAACACAUAUUUUCUGGACUCAAAUGUUAUUACAAAUAUCUUAAUUUUCAACAAUUGUUUUGCACUUUCAAAUAGAUUGUAAAUAGUUCAUUCAAGCAAUGGUAUAGAGUUAUUUAUUUGCUAUAUAAUAGAUAUUGUGCCAAAUAAUUACUUUUUAUUUAUUUUAUUUAGUAUGUAAUUUUGGAGUACAUUUUUUCCUGUUUUCACAAUUAGGCUACAUUUAAUGUGUAGGAAUUGUAUGUAUGUAUAUCUUCUGUAAAUACCAGCUAGUAUCUUCAUUAAAUAUAAUUAUGACAAGAAAAGAUGGGUUGUUGUCAAUUCCUAUAAUAUGGGAGAGAGACUCAUUUGUUUUGGAGGGGUCCUGGAUUUUUUCUUUUUUAAUUGAAAUAAAGAUCACAUACUAUAAAA